GAGUAAUCUGCGCCCUGACGGCGCCUGGGCGGUAUAAAAGCGGCCGCUCCGCCCGUGCCUCGCACCCUGCCACUGCCAUGACGCUGGCAGUCCUCGUCAUCGCCGCGGCGUGUCUGCUGGCGCCGCCGUCGCUGGCGGCUCCCUGGCUCAGGACUCGCGGCCACGUGCUCGUCAUCAACGGCACGGAGGCCGACAUCGCCGACUUCCCCUGGAUGGUGUCGCUGCAGAUCCUGGACGACCACGUGUGCGGCGCCUCCGUCAUCAGCAGCACGUGGGUGCUGACGGCGGCGCACUGCGUCUACGUGUGCCAGCUGUACGCCGACCGCCACAAGAGCAUGCGCGCCGGCUCCUCCAGCCGUGCCAGUGGCGGCGUCCGCCUCGACGUCGCCCAGAUGAUCAAGCACGCCGACUUCCAGAUGCCCACCGACGAGGACCCUGACGUCGACUACGACAUCGGCGUCAUCCAGGCUUCUGAACCGUUCCCGCUGGGCAUGAACAUACAAGUGGUGAACCUCGCCGCCGACGGAUACGACGCCCCGGCGGGCCUGCCGGUCACCGUCACGGGCUGGGGCGACACCGGCAUCGACUACGACCCCGUCUACCUGCAGCGGGCGGACAUGCACGUCGUGGACCGCGACACCUGCCGGGACAUGUUGGCCGACGUGGCGCCGGUCACGCCGCGCAUGGUGUGCGCCGGGGACCCCACCAUGGCCGCCUGCCACGGCGACUCUGGCAGUCCGCUGGUCUACGGGGACACUCAGAUCGGCAUAGUGUCCUGGAGCCGGUCCGACUGCAUCAGCGCUACCGCCGUCUAUGCGGAUGUGGGCAACCUCCGGGCCUGGAUCAGGAACAACACUGGAGUUUAACAGACACAGUGUAUGCCUUCACUAUCUGUACCCUGCAACAUAUGUUUCCCUUGAUUAUGAAUGUAUAAUCUGCUUUACCCAUGUUAUAAUAAAUAUCCUACAAAUUUAUGCCUACAAACUGAAAA